GCUGAAGAGCGGGCAGCUUCGGACAGCUGGGCCCUCCUGCGCUGGCGGAGCUGCUCGCCCACGGGGGAGGAUGGUAGCCGCUUAAUUACCGAGGUAGCGUUAAUUAGAGGCAGUCGUGGCAGGGGAGCAUUGCGAACUGCGCGCCCCUCGCCGCGCUCCUGCCUUUAAACCCUCGGCCGCCCUCCCAUUGGCUGGUGCUGGCAGGGACCGACCAAUCAGCAGCGCCUUCUCGGGAGAGCGGUACGCCUACUCUGCCGGACUCCAUUUCCCAGCGCGCACCGCGCUCCCUACCGCACUUCCGCUUCCGGUCCGCAGGGCGCGGAGCCGCCAUGGCCCUGCCGGAGUGGCACAUCGCCGUGAAGCUGGCGGAGCAGCCGCUGGCCCCCAAAUCCAUCCUGCGCCUGCCGGAGACCGAGCUGGGCGAGUGCCCGCUGGGCGGCUGCAGCAUCUCGCACCUCAAGCAGCUGAUCGCGGGCAAGCUGCAGGAAUCCCUGCCGGACCCCGAGCUCAUCGACCUGAUCUACUGUGGCAGGAAGCUGAGGGAUGACCAGACCCUGGAUUUUUAUGGAAUCCAGUCUGGCUCCACUGUCCACGUCCUGCGCAAGUCCUGGCCUGAGCCUGACCAGAAACCAGAGCCCGUGGAUAAGGUGGCAGCAAUCCGGGAAUUCCGUGUCCUGCACACUGCCCUGCACAGCAGCCCUGCCUACAGAGAUGCUGUCUUCAAGAUGCUGGGAAACAAAGAAUCCCUGGAUCAGAUUAUUGUGGCUACUCCCGGCCUCAGCAGCGACCCUGUGGCUCUGGGAGUUCUGCAGGACAAGGAUCUGUUUUCCGUGUUUGCAGACCCCAACAUGCUGGACACGCUGAUCCCAGCUCACCCUGCCCUGGUGAAUGCCAUCGUGCUGGUGCUGCACUCGGUGGCAGGCAGCACCCCCCUGCCAGCCCCAGACACCUCCUCACGGGCCAUGGCCCUGGGCUCCUACCGGGACAUGCCAGGUGGCUUUCUCUUUGAGGGGCUCUCUGAUGAUGAAGAGGAUUUCCACCAGAGCACCAGGUCCACCCCCUCCAGCAGCACGUCCGGCUCGCGCCCGGCCUCGCUGGGCUACGCGGGGGCGGCGGGGCCCCGGCCCAUCACCCAGAGCGAGCUGGCCACAGCCCUGGCCCUGGCCAGCACCCCUGAGAGCAGCUCCCACACACCCACCCCGGGCACACAGGGCCACUCCUCCGGGACGUCCCCGAUGUCCUCCAGUGUCCAGUCAGGGACACCCAUCACCAAUGACCUGUUCAGCCAGGCCCUGCAGCACGCCCUGCAGGCCUCAGGGCAGCCCAGCCUCCAGAGCCAGUGGCAGCCCCAGCUGCAGCAGCUGCGAGACAUGGGGAUCCACGACGACGAGCUGAGCCUGAGGGCCCUGCAGGCCACAGGAGGGGACAUCCAGGCUGCCCUGGAGCUCAUCUUUGCUGGGGGGGCCCCCUGAACCUUCCUGCUGGGCUGGGGCAGGACAGAACAUAUGCUCAGCACCCCACAGCCCUGCUGGCAGCCGGGAUCACCACGGAUUAAGCUCCUGCCCAAAGCUGUCCUGGACACCAGUUUGCCUUCCUGCACCACCUGAAUUUUCAAUUUAGGCCUCGUUGCUGUCCCAAAAUUGUGUUUUUCUCAUCACUCCUGGGAUAUUUGAUCCCCCUGCUGACCCACGUUUGGCAUGAAGCCUUUUUCACUGCUACUUCUGCUUUCCCCACACCCCCAGAGAGCUGAGAACUGCCUGGAUUUUGGGGCUGGAAGUGACUUUUCCCUGAUUUCCUCUCCCAACCAGCAGGGCUUGGCUGGGAGCAGCAUCUCAGGCACAAUCACUGCCUGCAGCAGAGAAGUUGGCAGGAGCUGCAG